AUGGAUAAACGCGAUAAAGCAAUGGGGGCUGAUGAAGCUAAAAACAAUGAUGCAAAUAUAAAGAAAAAUGUUCCAGGUACUGGUGGAAUUAAAUUUACAACAUCGGCACCAAGUGGCACAAGAAAUGAGAAGAAACGUGCGAAUACAGAAAAGGAUGAAGGUGACAAGAAAAUGGCCAGAUAUAGUGACAGUUCCAUUCAAAGCCAUUUUUUAAAGGAAGCCAAGACAGAGCUUAGCAAGAGUGAGAUUAAGCAAAACUGCUGGCAAUUAUGCAGGCGUGAUGUGGCGUCAAAUUAUGUCAACUAUAUCGAUCGUCGCAAUCAUGCUGUUGAUUUUUACUUUGAAUCUGAUGUCGUAACACUAAAUGCGGCAGUAUCAGAUAAGCCACUAAUAUUUAAGAAGCGUUGUGAAAUGUCACGUUAUUGCAACCACGAAAUUUCACCAUUUGUAUUGAGCAAAGAAAGCCUACUGCCAAUACACAAAUUGGAUUUGGUUCCAGCAAAAGAAGUGUGUGCAAGCGUUGUCCCAUAUGAUUGUGUUGGGACAAUUUCAAUGAAUAUUGCAUCAGAUUUGACAAUUUAUUCAAUUGAAGGAAUCUUACUUUUGGGUGCACUGUUAUUUCACCAGCUUGAAGACUACGAACGCAAUGGACAAAAAGCGCAAUUGAUUCCAUUGCCUGACAAUAUGAUUGAAUAUCUUGAUUUGACACCUGAAAAUUGCGCUAAAAUCAACGGAUACUUUGGUACCAAUCGACUGAUAUUGAUUAGUGACUACCUUACUGAUAAUACAUUAAUGGCAAUUAGAUUGAUUUGUUCUGGUAUGCCACGCUUCAAUCUUCAAGAGGGUGAACCACGACACAUUUGUUCACAAAUCAAGGCUGAUGGAACACCUAUUACAGUUGUCUAUCGACAACACCCUGCACCGAGUGUCAUUCCGGAAGCUAAACUUGAAACAGCAAAUUGGUUAUUACAGGGAAUAAAAAUCAUAGCAUGCUGGAUGGGACAAAAUGGUUCUGUAGUGCCUGCAUUUACACGCGCUGCAACAAUCGUGAAUGGACGACAUGUACGAGGUCAAAAGGCAAAUCCUGACUAUGUGUCAAUUGCACCGCGCGAUGAAGACUCACACGAUAUAAAGAAUCAAUACUUGGAUGCAUAUGACUGGGAAACCGUGACAUUAGAACGUGGUUCAACACAAAUUUAUCGUUACGCUGCAUCAAAUUUUUGGCACAUCUUAUGUAAUUCUAGUUUAAUCGUCCCAGUUAAAAAUAUACUUCCUGAAGAAUGGAAUGCUUUGAUGUCUAUGGUAGUGUUUCUCAAAAUCCCUAUUUUUAGGGAAUAG